GCGGGCUUCCCUGGCUUCUCUGUGAUUGUUGUGGCUGCUCGUCACCGGGAAUAAAAGUUUCCCCCCGCAGUCGUUUCCUUUUGUUUGCUUCUAAUACAAAACAACUAUGGCAGAGUCGCAGGAGGACAAGCUGUACAAGGCGGAAUACGCCAAAAGUGGCCGCGCUUCUUGCAAGAAAUGCAAAGACAACAUCCCCAAAGAUUCUCUCCGGAUGGCCAUCAUGGUGCAGUCUCCCAUGUUCGAUGGGAAAGUCCCGCACUGGCACCACUUCUCCUGCUUCUGGCAGCGAGCGGCAGCUCAAUCCUCCGCUGACAUCGCCGGCUUCUCUGAUCUCCGCUGGGAAGACCAGGAAAAAGUCAAAAAGGCCAUCGAAGGCGGCGGAGCUUCAGGAGGAGGAAAAGGCGACCAGAAGAGCGCAGCUAAAGGAGAAAAGACACUGAAUGACUUCGCAGUGGAAUACGCCAAGUCCAACCGCAGCACAUGCAAAGGCUGUGAGCAGAAAAUAGAAAAGGAUCAAAUUCGUGUGUCCAAAAAAACGGUGGACCCAGAGAAACCCCAGCUGGGGUUGAUCGACCGCUGGUACCACACGGCGUGUUUCGUGAGUCGCAGGGAGGAACUGGUGUUCAAACCGGACUACAGCGCUGCUCAGCUCAAAGGAUUCAACGCACUGCGGGCGGAAGACAAGGAGGAGCUGAAGAAGAGGCUCCCUGCUGUAAAGUCUGAAGGAAAGCGCAAAUGUGACGAGUUGGAUGGAGUGUCAAAGAAACAGAAGAAGGAAGAAGAGGAUGAGAAGAAAAAGCUUGAGGAGCAGAUGAAGAGUCAAAGCCAGCUGAUUUGGGGAAUCAAGGAUAAGCUGAGGAAAUAUUGUUCAACCAACGACAUGAAGGAGCUUCUGAUUGCAAAUGGGCAGGAAGUUCCUUCGGGAGAGUCCAAUGUGGUGGACAGCCUGGCUGACGGCAUGGCUUUUGGUGCUCUGGAGGCCUGCAAGGAGUGCAAGGGCCAGCUGGUGUUUAAGGGAGAUGCAUACUACUGUACGGGGGACAUUUCAGCCUGGACAAAGUGUGUGUUCAAAACUCCAACACCUGCACGUAAAGACUGGGUCAUCCCUCAGGAAUUCCAUGAAGUCCCAUUUCUAAAAAAAUUCAAGUUCAAGCGGCAGGACAGGCUUUUCCCCAAGGAAGCCCCGCAAACGCCUCCAGCCGUCAAAGCCGAACCCCUGGCGAGUGCGUCGAGCGCCCCGACCGAGCGGCUGCCAGAGGGAGCGCCUUCAGACAAACCUCUCACUGGCAUGAAACUCGUGGCUGUUGGAAAGCUGAGCAAGAACAAAGAUGAUCUGAAGGCCAUCGUGGAGGAGCUGGGUGGGAAGAUGACUGGCUCCGCCAGUAAGGCCUCUCUGUGCCUCAGCACUAAGAAGGAGGUGGAGAAGAUGAGUAAAAAAAUGGAGGAAGCCCGGGACGCCGGGGUGCGUGUUGUCUCUGAGGAUUUCCUCACAGACAUCAAGUCGUCAGGGAAAGCUCUUCAGGAGUUGGUCUCUCUGCACGCUAUCUCACCUUGGGGGGCGGAGGUUAAAGUGGAAGCUCCGGCUCCGUCUGUGGCCUCCAAGUCUGGAGCGACGCCGGCUAAGAGCACCGGGAGGGUCAAAGAGGAGGAAGGUAGUAGCAAAACCAAGAAAAUGAAACUCACUGUGAAAGGUGGAGCUGCUGUGGACCCAGACUCAGGCCUGGAGGACAGUGCCCAUGUCCUGGAGCAGAGUGGGAAGAUGUACAGCGCGACACUGGGUCUGGUGGAUAUCGUCAGAGGAACAAACUCCUACUAUAAACUGCAGCUGCUGGAGGAUGAUGUGCAGAAACGGUACUGGGUGUUCAGGUCCUGGGGCAGAGUGGGAACCACCAUCGGAGGAAACAAGUUGGACAAAUCCCACGACAAGAACUCGGCGCUGGAUAAUUUCCUGACUGUCUACAAGGAGAAAACUGGAAAUGAAUGGGGCUCUUCCAACUUCACCAAAUAUCCCAAUAAGUUUUACCCACUGGAGAUCGACUAUGGACAGGACGAGGAGGCCGUGAAGAAGCUGACCGCCAGCGCCGGCACCAAGUCCAAGCUGGGCAAACCUGUGCAGGAACUGAUCAAGAUGAUCUUUGACGUAGAGAGCAUGAAGAAGGCCAUGGUGGAGUUUGAGAUUGACCUCCAGAAGAUGCCUCUUGGGAAACUGAGUAAAAGACAAAUCCAGAGUGCCUACGCCCUCCUCACCGAAGUACAGCAGGCUGUUUCGGACUCCUUGGCCGAGGCACAGAUUCUGGAUCUCUCCAACCGCUUCUACACCCUGAUACCCCACGACUUCGGCAUGAAAAAACCCCCACUACUCAACAACCUGGAUUACAUUCAAGCCAAAGUCCAGAUGUUGGACAACCUGUUGGACAUUGAAGUGGCGUACAGUUUGCUGAGAGGUGGAGCCCAGGACGAUGACCAUGAUCCCAUCGACAUCAACUAUGAGAAACUCAAAACUAAGAUUCACGUUGUUGACAAGAACACACAGGAGGCUGAGGUCAUUACGCAAUACGUGAAAAACACCCACGCUGCUACACACAACACGUACACAUUGGAAGUGCAAGAAAUCUUCAAAAUCUCUCGAGAUGGAGAGCGCCAGCGGUACCGUCCCUUCGAGGAGCUACACAAUCGACAGUUAUUGUGGCACGGCUCCCGAGCCACCAACUACGCUGGUAUUUUGUCUCAGGGUCUCCGUAUUGCACCUCCAGAGGCUCCUGUGACUGGGUACAUGUUUGGCAAAGGUGUGUAUUUUGCUGACAUGGUGUCCAAGAGUGCAAACUACUGUCACACCUCCCAGUCGGACCCCGUAGGCCUCUUACUGCUCGCAGAGGUCGCUUUAGGAAAUAUGCAUGAGCUGAAGAAGGCCUCUCACGUUACAAAAUUACCCAAAGGAAAGCACAGUGUUAAAGGUUUGGGUAGGACCGCUCCUGAUCCGAACGCUACCGCCAAUCUUGAGGGAGUGCAAGUGCCUCUGGGAAAAGGAGUCAACACUAACAUCGAUGACACGAGUCUGCUGUACAACGAGUACAUUGUGUACGAUGUAGCUCAGAUAAACAUGAAAUACCUCUUGAAGAUCAAGUUUAACUACCAGACAUCUCUCUGGUAAAAGAGCCUACCCCUUCCUAGAAAAAGCGAACCUCCGGUAGAGACCUUUGGAGACCACCGUCGCUGGAGGGCCGGGCUUCAUCGUCUACAACACAAGAUGUGAACAGAAGCGAUAUUAUACUGUACUGUGGUCAAUUUAAGUCUUUUGUCACUUUACUGCUUUUUCAUCAAGUUAAUUAGCUGACCGCUGCUGUGAGAAAUACUUUACUUAGAUUAAACAUACCUGCCCAAACGACUAGAAGCUGACGGUAGUUGAAAAACCGUAACAAGUCUGCAGAUUUAUACAUAACAGUGUUCAUACAUGGAUUCUUUAGUUAAUUAGCCACUAAAAUGCACGUUUUUUUUGUAAACUGAUGGCAAUGCACAUAUUGUAUGUGGUUUGACAUGUAUAUUUGUUUUGUCAUGUCUCAAGCUCUUUUUCUCUGCUAAAAGGGGCAGGGCAGUAUGCUCCUCGUGAAGUAUUCCUUAAAACCACAACGGACAUGCUAUGCUGAUAUCUUUUUUUUUUUCUUACCUUUUUUCCUCCUUUCCUCAAGUACAAUAAAAAAAUGUUUUUGAAACA